UUCUGUUGCAGAGCGUCUCCUCCAACAUUUUGGUCAGACUGCAGCUUGAAAUACCUCUCGACCAGCUUCAGUCAUGGAGUUGAUCUUUGCUUGAAGAACGCCCCGGAGAAAACUGUAGGAGGUGCAAAAUGUGGAAACGGUAUAGUAGAAACUGGGGAGGAAUGUGACUGUGGCAGAGAGCAAUGUCCACAUUCCUGCUGUGAUGGUAAGACUUGUCGUUUGACUGAAGAUGCAGAAUGCGCAGAUGGAGAUUGUUGCGAUUUGCUCACAUGCAAGCCGAAGCCGAGGGCUGUAGUAUGUCGCGCUUCUACUGGUAUUUGCGACCUGCCGGAGUACUGCAAUGGCGACACUCCUGAAUGUCCUGCCGACUUCUUCAUUCAGAAUGGUCAGCUUUGUCCUGGCAGAAGCGACGAAUUCACGGUAUGCAUUUCCUAG